GCCGGCCGCUACGAGGCGCGGGCCGGCGGCCGCCGCUGGGCGGAUGGAGGAGGAGGAGGAGGAAGAUGGAGGCCGGGGAGCCGCGGGGAGGUCAGCGGCGGCGUCCGGCCGCUUCGUGCGGUGCCUUUACGCGGUGGGCUUCCUGGAUUUAUUUGGUGUGAGCAUGGUUGUACCUUUAAUGAACCUUCAUAUCAAAUCUCUAGGAGCAAGUCAUACAGUUGCUGGAAUAAUAGGAUCUCUCUAUGGUAUAAUGCAACUAUUUUCCAGCACAUUUGUGGGCUGCUGGAGUGAUAUAGUAGGAAGACGGUAUUCCCUGCUUGCUUGUAUUCUUCUCAGUGCGCUGGGUUACUUCCUUCUUGGAACAUCCACCACCGUGUUCCUGUUUGCCAUUUCUAGAGUCCCUGUAGGUAUUUUCAAACACACACUCUCCAUCUCUAAAGCCCUGCUUUCUGACUUGGUUUCUGAGAGAGACCGCCCUUUAGUAAUGGGACGCUUCAAUGCAGCCUCUAGUGUGGGCUUCAUUCUGGGACCUGUUGUUGGUGGCUACCUUACAGAGCUGGAAGAUGGCUUUUAUCAAACAUCCUUCAUCUGUGCCUGUAUCUUCCUUUUGAAUGCUGGUCUUGUCUGGAUGUUACCCUGGAGUGAAGAAAACACUGGCAAUAGGGAACAUCAACGAGGCAACAAAGGAACAGACAGUUUUUCAGCAAAAGCAAAUCGUGACCUGCACUUGAAAUCAGCAAGUAAUGGAGCUAUGGCAAGGGAUAGUCUUUUCCAGUCUCCGUGGAUCCAAGUUGCAACGGUGCUGAAGAGGAUUAAAGGAAUUGCGUGCUCUGAUCUGUGGGAUAUAUUUUUAGUGCGGUUGCUGAUGUCUGUUGCUAUACUGCUGUACUAUAGUAAUUUUAGUCUGGCCUUGGAGGAGCGAUUUGGGGUGAAACCCUUGUUCGCUGGAUACCUAAUGAGCUAUAGCAGUGCACUAGGAGUCCUGGCUGGUUGUCUGCUCGGACCAAUAACAAGACUCUAUCAGCACAACACUUACAGAAUUUUGUUGCACUCCAGCACUCUUACCUGCACAUUGAUUCUCCUGUAUGCGUCAGCGCUGAGCAUAUGGAUGGUCAUUUUGUCUUCCACAUUCUUAGCCUUUUCAACUACUAUAGGUCGUACUUGUAUCAUUGAUCUUGAAUUGACCAUUGGUGGGAAUGAGGCCAGCGGUACGCUCCUAGGUGUUGGACAGUCUGUGACAUCAGUGGGACGUAUAGUUGCCCCGCUCCUUUCUGGAAUUGCUCAGGAGUUCAGUCCUUGUGGCCCCCCAAGUCUAGGGGUUGGACUAGCUUUAGUAGCUAUUCUGAUAAUGAACGCUAACAAACAAAAAUACUGUAGCCAUGGAUACGUUAAAUUAAAAAAUCAAUAGCUGCAAAGUUGGAUUGCAUAGAGAUAUCUUGCAGGAGAGGCAAAGUGAAUCAACCUGGGGUGAUGCUUACACCUGCCAGACUUUACAGUAGUAACAGGAUCUUUUAAGAGGGCACAUUAUGUUCAUGUGGAGGCAAGUACGUAUAAAUAUUUCUGCUGCAGGGAUGUUAACGCUAGACAAAUGUUACUCUAACUACUACCACGAGAACACUUGCGAGAGGGACAGAUGUUGCUGUAUUGUACUGGCUGGGAUUUUUUUAGGAAUUUUUAAACUUUUUGGAGGGAAAAAAAGCAUUACAUGAAAUACACAAAUCCUGCUUGUAGCUCACAUUUGAAACAGUGUUUAGAUUGAUAGAUUGUUAAAAGUCAGAAGCUGUUUCUUAUUAUUUAAUCAGAAUUUUUAUUGUUUAAUCAGAAGGAGAAUUUGCAAUGUAGCUCAUUAGCCUUAAUUUCUUAUGCGGUGGUCUGCUGCCAUUUGUCUGCUGUAACGGUAGCUUAAUUAACAGGGUGUUUGCUUAUGUGAUUUUGUUAAGCAUACUUUCUCUACAAAACUUGCUGCACAGCAUGAUUAGGCACCUUGGGGUAGCCAUCCAACCCCUGCUGAUUCCUGGUCUUUCCCAGGUAACAAAAUUGGGUAUAUGCUAACUUCAUGUAUUAGAAGGCCUAAAAUGGACAAUUUUAGAAUAACAUGGCAUCAUUCAGACUGAAACUGAGACUGAAUGUAAGCUUUAUUGAAACUUGAACUGGUGGUUUCUGUUUAGUAGUAACUUCUACUGAGCAACUUUGUCAUAAAUUAUUUGUUAAUGUUUCCUGUGCAAUUUUUCCAUCAUUUUAAGAAUAAAUUUGCUUCUUAAUUCUUUUGAAUGACUGUUAAAGGUGAGCUGGAGCAACUAGCAGUACCUCAUGGAUCUGGAUUAAUGCAUUCUCUCUCAUCUCUGGAGGCAUAAGUGACAUUUCAGUGACAAGAAAGACUGUUUAUUUGUUGGUAUUUUAGUCUUCAUUUGUCUGCACUGCUUAACUAAUGAGAGGUUACUCUCAGAGCUAUACGGAGAGUUGUAGCACUCUCCUGUGCUAUUUACUGUUCAAGCUCAUAUUACUUGCCAGUCACCACUGUUUGCAUUUCAUUUGAAACAUAUGAAAAAUGUAUUUUGUACUGCCAACGUUCCAUAUGCUUUUCCUAGUGUUACUUGAUGAAAGUACAAAGUCAACUAUGUAUAAUUGUUGGGGGGAUUUUUUGAUUAAAAACAAUUCAGUUAUCUCCUUGAACACAUCCAUGCAAAUAGCAUUGCUGUUUCAGGAGAGUCAUAGAUGGUGUUUUGCAUUUUUAAUUUUUUUUUAUUCUUUACCUUUUCCAGUGCCUGCUGUCAUUUAAAGCCUUGUUGAAACCUCAGUGAUUCCAGUGGCAGCACUAUGGGAACAUGUAUAGAAUUCUGAGUUGUUUUAAUUUUAUAUAUUGACAUAAUGAGUGUGUGUCUUAUUACUGCUAUGAUUUCAGUACGUAUCCUCAGAGUUCCUUAUUGUAAUAAUCUGUGUUUAAUUUCUCCCUCGGAACUUGAGGCAUUUUCCAUCUUUUAAAAUUUUUUUUUUUUUUUUUACAUAAAACCACCCUUCUGUAAGUCAGGGACUUCAGUUUUACAGCUACAGCAAGGGGUGAAGGAAAAGGGUAGGAAAAAAAAACUUGAAAAUUAAUAUAUAUGAAAGAUUUAGUAGUUUUUACUAUAGUUGUUGGUUACAUGAGGUAACAUAACAUUUCCCCUUCUAAGUUGCUGCACUGAUGAAAGCUGAAUUCUGUAAACACCAUAAAAUUCAGUUUAUACUAACAUAUACAGCUGCCUGAAUAUUGCUUUUCUGCUUAUAAAAACUUCAAAACUUCACUGUUUCUGUUAUACAUCAGUGAAAAAAGUGCUUUCCACAAUCAGCAGAUAUUUUUAUUUUGAAAAAUAGUUCUCCAUAUACACUAAAUAAAAAUGAAAUUAAAUAAUUGAAUUGAGAAAUCUGUGGAAGGCUGUGGUCUCAGGGACACGUUACAACUGAUGUUACAGAAAAAAGUUUUUUACUUGUAGGCCAAAAUGAUUUCUGAAGUGCUGCAGAAAUGUUUCUUCUUUGUAAAGCCUCAGUUACAGAAAAGUUGCUCCCCUCUUUUUUUUUUUCUUUUUUUUUAAGGGAUAGAAAUAAAAUGAAGUGACAUUCCAUGUCUAUCAUUUUGUCGCUGUGUUUUUUCCCCUCUUCCUCUGCUGAAACUAGGGCACAAAACAGAGGUGGUCACCAUGAAGUGCAGAUUUUAUUUUUUUUUUCCAAGCUGUUCCUUAAAAUGAUCAUUUGAAUCUACAUACUUUUCACAUAAAAGACACAGGAGCCAAGGAUUCAACCAAGACAUGGCUUGACAGUGAAUGAAAAAGAAGUAAAAGAAAAUGGAGAACUUAGCAGUUUUGAGAUGGAGUGCUUAAAGCUACUGUUCCUAUUGCUUGGAGACCACGUUUGGAUCCCCGGUGUUGUCUCUUAGUUGCCAUCCCCAUACAAGUUCAGAGACUGAUGAAUAAAUGACAUCCCUGGAGAUGAGGAGCUGUGACUCCCCCUUUUAAGUUGUGGGAGGAGCAGUUGCAGCCAUUUUUGGCUUCAGUCUAGUGGCUUUACUGAAUUACUCAGCAGUUUCUUGAAUCCAGUGGUGGUAUCUGAAGACUGUAACAAAACAGAGAUCUGAGUAUGGACUAAAGAGAAAGUUUCUACCUGCAAAUUACUAUAAAUUAAGAUUUUUCUCUUGCUUGCUGUUACUUUAGUUUUGGGUUGGUUUUCUUGGGCUUCUAGGCAGGGUUGGGUUUUGGGGGUUUUUUUUUUGCUUUUUACCUUUUGAAAUUCUCACUUUUUUAACCGUGACUACUUUUCUGACCUUUAUGAUCAGCUGAUGUUGAAGACGCUGUGUAUACAAUAUAGUAAUUUAUUUCUGUAAAACAGCUGGUAGCAUAUAUGUACUGAUUUUGUUGCUUUUAAAUGAUGAAGCAAAUGUAAGAUUUAUUCCAUGUUGGUGUACGCUGCAUACAUUUGAAGAGAUCCUUUAUAAACAUACCAGUUCUGCAGA